ACGGGAACCACUGGGCACACGCUCCUGGGCCAGUUUUUGACGGCUUUGUGUUUUUCUCGCUCAGCUGUCGUCGUUGCUCUGUGUGCCAGAAUCAAAACAUUCACCGUAUUUUGUACGGAGUAUCGCUUGCAGCUUUGCCAUAUUUUCCGUGGAUUUCGCUGGUCCGCCGAGAUGUCUAAAGUCGUGCGUCGAGACAUUGGACCGUUGCUGCAGGAACUGCGCAACUUCCUCCUAGGUCGAAAACAUACGAAUGCGCUUCGCUUUGAGGACGGUAUUGCGGCCCGCACACAGCCCCCACCAAAUUUGCCCGAUGGACCGGCACACAAAUUGUCCGCCAACCACUACGUGCUGCGUGACGCUCGUCGGGAGGUAGCGCCGCCGAUCGAUGUGACCACACAGAAAUUACUGACCGAAAAAGGAUCGUCUGCUAAAUUGCCAACACCAGGAAAGUCGUUCGGCUGGGACAAACACUAAUCCUGCCCGCCCGUAAAGGCCACAAAAGAACGUUAGAAAGAGAAAGUGUAACCGGUGUACAUGAACUACAACAGCAAGUUAGAGUAAUAAAAUUUCUACGAGUUCCUAAAGGAAACGUGCUCCCAAACAUCGAGUCAAAGUUGGUUUCUUUCACCACAUUAACAAAGCAAGCAACGCAGUUUCGGUUUUGGCGACAAUUACCUUUAUUCACGUUUAUGAUCAAUACACGGGAGUUGGAUAUUGAAUUCUUUAUUUUACUCUUCCGUCGUACGCAUCGAUACAGGACUUACACAAAAAACAGCAAAAAGAAAACUUUAAACAAUGCACGUUACAAACUAGAUUUAUCGUGAGUU